AUGAGGGUUCCGACGAGGAAAUCCCUCUGCCCCUCCCCUCUCGUCUGCUUCUCCAAGUCCUCCGUCGGCCUCUAUCCCGGUCCCUCCCUCCUCGAAUCGGACGAUGGCGGCGGUGACGGAGCGCCGGAGCCGCCCCCUCCCGCCGCCGAGGAGGCACCGCCGCCGGAGGAGAAGCCGGAGGAGAAGCUGGAGGAGGUCAGAGUCGAGGUCUUCCUGAGAAGCUGCAUCAGGAAGCCGGGGAAGGUGGAGGACGAGGAGGAAGAAGACGGUACCAACGAGGCCGUGAAGAGGAGAGUGAAGUGGAUCGAUUCCAUGGGGAAAGAGCUCGUCGAAGUCAAGGAAUACGAAGCCAGGUACUUCCCCUUCUUCUUCCUUUUCUUCCUGAUCUUCUCUGGUUCCUCCUUCCUCGGAAUUUCCCCCUUCUUCCUCCUCGAAUCCCCUCUGAUUCAGGCACCAAUCCUAUCCAUCAACACUCGUCUCCAUCUCAAUCUACCUGCGUCUCUACGUUUUCGUGGAGAGUUCCUCCUUCCGAGGACCGUAGGCGUUUGAUCCACAACAAGGGGCAAAACCAGUUUGCCAGUGAUUAAACGCUAGGAAUGAUCUGAUCCUGCCCGUCACGGAUCAUAUGAGACGAUGAUGAUGAUCACCCAUGCCGUAGAUCACAGAGGAUCAGAAACCAGGUCUCCAUGAGUGGAUCAAAAACAUGUUCUUCCCUUGUUUUUCCUCAUAGGAAGGAUCAAACGUUAGGUGGGCGCAGAUUAAUUAGAAAAUACCCGGUUGGUUUAACACCCGAUAAAUAAAUCUCACCCAGUGGGGAUCAUCUUGUUGUUCUUCGUCGGUGCCAGAUUAGGGUUUUUAUUGGAGAAUAUUGCAGAAAUUUCCGUUAAUUUUCUUCGUUCCCUCGGUUUUGCGCUCUAUCCCGCAGGUAUCAACCGAUUAUUGAAGAGUCUCGUCCGAAAUCCGGCGAGUUGACUAAGAAUCCAGCCUAAAUCCUGCUUAGUUGACCAAACUCAUCUGAAAUCCUGCGCGUUGGCUAAAAGGAAAUGUGCCAUUUUUAGGCCGCAAUUAAAGAACAAUUAUCUUCAUAAUUUCCUUUUUCCCCUGCUUUUUAAUUAUUUCCCUAAUAUUUCGGCAUCAUCUUCUCAAUUACCGCGGAGGGAGUCUUUAGAGUCGCAGCUCGCGCUUGUCAACUGAGCGUAAGGCCCCGGCCCGGGCCGGGAGAGCAGCCCCAUUUUUCGGGCCCUAUAAUGGGCCUCCGGCUGGCCCGGCCCGUCGUCUAUAAUACAUAUAGAUGAUGUGAUUUAUUUUCUUGUGAUUAAUUUAAUCUCAUUUCUUUUUUAAUUCAGCCAUUAUGGUGACUCAGAGGAUGACGGUAAUCCAGGUUGCGUCUGCACCAUCCAAUGA